UGCUGACCUCUGGCAAAAAAAGGGAGCGAAUGAGGACAGGAGAGGCGGAUGGGGAGAGGUUCAAGUGCGGGUUUUCUCCUUGAACCCGGACUAUUAUGGGUCAGGAGCUGUGUGCAAAGAGGUUACAGCCAGCAUGCAAUUGCUACCACCGUUCCGAGGGAGGGGAGGCGCACAGCUGUCUGAGACGCCAGCCGGGGAGCGCCGAGGCGGCUGCUGCGUUGGAGCUAACGGACAUAAAAGGAGCAUCGUGUUCAACGUCUUCAUUUCACCCCAGGGGACACCAGGCUGGCGGUGGCCAGAAGCUGGAGAGUAAAAGGCCACGGAGUAACAGUGAUUCUUUUCAGGAAGAGAAUCUGAGGCAGGGGUUGCCAUGGAAGAGGAACCCCCCUUUCGGAGCAGCCUCAUCUUACUUGAACUUGGAGAAGCUGGGCGAAGGUUCUUAUGCCAAAGUUUACAAGGGGAUUAGCAGGAUAAACGGACAACUAGUAGCCCUAAAGGUCAUCAGCAUGAACGAGGAGGAGGGUGUCCCUUUCACAGCCAUCCGGGAAGCCUCUCUACUGAAGGGUUUGAAGCAUGCCAAUAUUGUCCUUCUGCACGACAUUGUUCACACCAAAGAGACUCUGACGUUCGUGUUUGAAUACAUGCACACAGACCUGGCGCAGUACAUGUCUCGGCAUCCUGGAGGGCUUCAUCCACACAACGUCAGGCUUUUCAUGUUUCAACUUCUGCGGGGCCUGGCGUACAUCCACCACCAGCAUGUUCUUCACAGGGACCUGAAACCUCAGAACUUGCUCAUCAGUCACCUGGGAGAGCUCAAAUUGGCUGAUUUUGGUCUUGCUCGAGCCAAGUCCAUUCCCAGCCAGACCUACUCUUCCGAAGUGGUGACACUCUGGUACCGGCCACCUGACGCUUUGCUGGGAGCCACUGAGUACUCCUCUGAGCUAGACAUAUGGGGAGCAGGCUGCAUCUUUAUUGAAAUGUUCCAGGGUCAACCUUUGUUUCCUGGGGUUUCCAACAUCCUGGAACAGCUGGAGAAGAUCUGGGAGGUACUGGGAGUCCCUACAGAGGAUACCUGGCCUGGAGUCUCCAAGCUGCCUAACUACAAUCCAGAAUGGUUCCCGCUGCCUAAGCCUCAAAGCCUGCAGCUUGUCUGGAGCAGGCUGGGUAGAGUUCCUGAAGCCGAAGACUUGGCCUCCCAGAUGCUAAAAGGCUUCCCCAGGGACCGCGUCUCAGCACAGGAGGCACUCGGUCAUGAUUAUUUCAGUGUCCUGCCAUCUCAGUUGUACCAGCUUCCUGAUGAGGAGUCUCUGUUUGCGGUUUCGGGAGUGGAGCUAAAGCCAGAAGCGUGUGACCUGUCGGCCUCCUGCAGGACGGGUCACUACCUACCCGGGUUCAACAAAUGUUGGUGAGAAGAAGAGGUGAACCCAUCCAGAUCCUAGCAGGGCUACAGCCAUCCUGUUUCAUUGUGUCCGCUGACUAUGAAGCUUCCUGCCCUGUUCUCUUCUGGAUCAGAGAUCCCUGUUCUCUCUCCUGUCACCUGGAAUACUUAAAAUGUGAUGUUCAAGGCAGCGAUACAAUACAUGAAGAGGAUGCGGAGCAAGGUCACUGCUACUGUUGUUGCCUACACAAACAGACGUAAACAGAGGUGGCGGGAGAAGAGGCCUGCAGAACAGUGUCCAGCAUUUGGACAAUCCCCUGGGCCAAAAGCUCCGUGUCUUUACAGGACAGAUUGAGAGACAGACAACUGGGGCGUUCUGGAGCCAGAGCAGGUACUUGCUGAGGCCUGCCUCACGUGUGUCCUUACAAUUCUUCCCAACUCAGAGACUCCUGCGACAGGAGGGCUUAGUCUGGCUUAGAGAGAAGGUGGUCUCUUGGAUAAAGUUGUCAACAAAUGGACUUGCUGGCGGCUAUUGGUGGUGACCCCAGGGAUGUGUUCUUCCUUUGCUGGCUAUCGGGAUGCAUUACUGCUUCAAUUACCCAGAUUUUAGGAGCUUACGUUGAGCUCCUGGCUAGAGCUGAGUUUCAGUCUAUCACCUGCUACUGAAGCCUAAUUGUCUGCGGGGACUGAGAAAGCAAUGGGGAGCCGAAGCUUCCAUUGAUGGUGGAGAUACUAGAGUUCCAGAGACGUAACUCAAGCUCUGGGGCACCAUCAGACACACGUGCACACACAGCACCCCCGGCAGGGGAUCCACCCCGGCUGGGGAUCCACCCCAGCUGACACUUGUGCCUCCUAAAGGAAGCCUGGGAAACUCAAAUUACUUCAUCAAGGAGUCGUCUCAUGAAAUCUAGUAGCCUAGAAACCAGAGACCACUAGGAGAAGGAAGCAAUUAAGAGAGAAUUUUGAAAUGGUAACUGUCCACCCAGUGUCUUGGAGGAAAAGGAAUGCAGAUGGUCUCCCCGAAAAGCUGCCUUUGUGUAUAUUAGCAAGCUAUUGGACAAAGUCUGCCCGCCGCACCUGCCAGAUAAAACAGUGUGGGCUGGACGGGGCGGGCAGGGUGUACGCAUAAAAGACAGGUCUUAUUCAACCUAGAAACAUGCCCAUAGGGGUAUGGUAAAGGAUUCAGACUUCGGUCCUGCUCUGGUCAAGGAUUUCUAUUGAUGAUUUGAGUAAAUCAGAGAAAAUACAUAACUUACUCAUACAACUCACUGAAAUAAGCACUACUGCUAUUAUUAUCCCACCCUACAAAUGGAAACUGAGGCCCGGCAAAGUUAAGCGAUUUCUCUAAGGCAGUAUGCCAGAGUUCAAGUGCAAACCUCACGUCUAAGUGUGUCCAGUGUCUGAGAUCUUCCUGAUAAACACAUCUCAAUUGGAUCUGUAGACUGUUGAAGAGGCAGCUGAUGUUUCACGUCGGCUCAUGAUUCAGAGGACUCAGACCUGGCUAGUCACAGCGAGUCAAAACAAUACUUACUCCCGUCAGUUUUUAUCUGAUUUAAAUUAUUACACAUUGGCCUUAAAAUGCCUACAACGUAAGUAAGGCCUUGACUUAGUGGAAAGUGGGUCUUUUAAGUACAAGGUGAAUUAAUUAUAUAAUCUGUCGGCCCCCAACAGAUAAUGCUAAUCCCUUCAGGCUACAGAAAUGAAAGACUAAGACAAGACGAUGCCCCACACGAAGAAAAGCAGCUUGGUCUCUGAUCUGGGCACAUUUGAAUCAUGAAGCUCAGCUCCACGUAUCACAUACCACACUCUAAAGAAAGCAUCAUAUGAAAUAGAUGUGUAUUGUGCACCUAUUAGUCUGCCCAUCUAAUCUUGCAUAAUCUUAGCAGUACUAAGACAUAGUAGAGCUUCCAGAGAGCACUCAGAGGCAGAUAGAAGUAGCUAGGGUUGGCUGCACAAACUGGCCCCAAAGCACACAAACUUCCCCCCAGCACACCCCCAACUCUGCUGUGUGCUCCAAGGUGGACGACUGGGACAAAACACAUGGAGGGACAGCUGCUGUAAGAGAAAACCCAGGAGCCAGAGACAGUCCUUCCAGUGGCAGAUGGCUGUCACAGAGCAAAGGGGCUGCCAGCGGCUGGGCCACUGCAGGUCAGUACAGGCUGCUGCUGCUGCUUUGGAGAGUCAGGAGGACUCACCUGCCCACGAGCAGGGACUGAGUCCCCUGAGCUGGCCCCCCUGCCCAUGAACAGGGACUGAGUCCCCUGAGCUGGCCCACCUGCCCAUGAACAGGGACUGAGUCCCCACUGCAGUGGUGGCUUCCUCUGCCCCCUGGAUGAUACAGAGAGCAAUCACCAAGAUUCCUAGUUGGAAGUGAGAACAGCUGGUCCUUCGGAUCCUUAGCUUGACCUCUGAGCAUCUGGGACAGAUCACACUGGGGUUUCUGUAAGACCCUGCUGCUGCAAGAGUAGGUAAAUUUGUUUUAUUUUCUAUGAAAGCAUUUUUUUUUAAUUAAAUUAACAAAAUCAUCCUCUUUAGUUAGGUGGUGGUUGCGGAUGCCUUUAAUCCCAGCACUCAGGAGGCAAGAGGCAGGCUCAUCUGAGUUCAAGGCCAGCCUGGUCUACAGAGCGAGUUCCAGGACAGCCAGGGCUACACAGAGAAACCUUGUUUUGAAAAACAAAAACAAAAAUUAUCCUCUUUAAUUCUAAGUGGAAGAUAAAUUAAUUAUGUUUGUGUUUUCUCUCUCCUUUAAUGAGAUUAAUAAAAAUUAUGUAUACAGCUCUAAAACAUUCAAAUUUCCAUCAUUCCUUGAUUUUGUAAAAUGAGCAUUCCUGCUGUGUGUGCAUUUUUUCUUCCCAUGUUUUUGUUGAUUCUUUUGCUAGAGACACACUUGGCUUUUAAAAGCAUAAUUAUUUGUAGGCCAGCCUAGCCUACAGAGUGAGUUCCAGGACAGCCAGGGUUUUUACACAGAGAAACUCUGUCUUGGAAAACAAAGAAACAAACAAACACAUAAUUAUUUGUACUCCAUUUGAUUAGCAACACUUAGCCAUUACUGUUGUUCCUUUGGGAGUUCUGUCUCUGGAUCAUCCGUAAUCAGAUGGUACUUCCUGCCUCCUUAGUGGGCGGGGAGGACAACAUGAUUUGUUCUACCACUGGUUUGUGAGAGGGAGUGGUCAGUGUCAUCUCUGGGCCAAGCAUUCCCUGGAUUACCACUGCAGGGCUCUCCGGAUUUGCUUUGUUUUGUGGUUUGAGGUCCCAGGGGCCAGAAGCACUCAAGAUGAGCCAAGGAUGAGGAGAUAGAGGACAGAGUUCCCGAAUGACGCACACAGUGGGAGAGAGGCGGAAAAAUUUCUACUUGGACUGGAGAGAUGGGUCAGAGGGUAGAAGCCCACCCAGACUGCUCUUGCAGAGGACCCACGUUCGGUUUCUAGUAGUUUCCAGCACCCACAUCAGGCAUCUUGCAACCACUUGUAACCCCAGCUCCAGGGGAUCCGAUUCCCCUUUGACCUCUGAGGACACUCCCACAUGCACAUACCCCUGCCCCGCCCCCCACGUACACAUAAAACAAACAAACCUUUACGCUAUUUAAGCCACUAAUAUCUUGGAGUUGUUACUAAGUAUAACUGAAACUUUCCUGACCAGGACUGGGCCCAUGAAACACAGACCUACGCUGUCCACCUUUGGUGAUGAAAGUGCUGUAGACUUCCACCUGUCACUUUGUUUCUUUUGUGUCGUUGUUGGUUCUGGGGGUUGACUCCAGGGCCUUGUACAUGCUAGGCAAGUGCUCUACCGUGCCACAAGGCUGUAUCCCUAGCCCUUAUGCUUCGAUCUAAGUGAUUAAGUCUACACCACCAGCCCUUGGCUCUCUCAACAGCUCCCGGCAUGUAGCCAAGUGUGGCUGAUGCCUCCCGUUCAGGGACAAAGUGCAGUUCCGUUCAUGUCGGAAGUUAUGUUGGACGGUGCUGGCUGGGUUAGGGCUUUUAUGAAAGCUGAUAAUGACACCCGCUAACAUGUCUGAAUGUUUUGGGUACGCACAUCUAGCAACACCUUAGAGUUAGUCUUUAAACUUUCACCGUUUUAAAAGUGAGCUCUCUGGGAGAAAGGAACGGCGCUUACCUUCGAGAAGCAAACCUAUCCUCCCGAGCAAUUAGGUUCCCUAGAACCGAACAGCUCAAGAAGCCGUUUCCCGAAGGUGACGUUGACAUCUUUUCAUUCCUCUUGACACCUUUCGUAAAUGAACCCCCAAGCUAUUGUUAUCUCCGUCCAUCUCCUCAGAGCCUACAAGCCUCAUAUUUUUGUAUUCCUAACUCUCCUCUGUCUCUAGGAGGGACAGUGUGUCCUGAGAAGACCUGAUGUGUGUGCAUCGUUGAAUAAAUGGUUUAUUAUCAAUAUUGUGAGUAUUUUCAGUGGCUAUUACAUGAAGGUAUUGUGGGAGUCCAAAACGAACCAGAUGUAAAAAUAUUCAUCCAAAUCUACUUAUUGACUCAUUCAACAAUCAUCUGAGAUCCAGAAACACAGAGUAGUUAACAUUCCCCUCAAGGGGACUUGAUUUGGCAGCACAUAUGUUAAUAUUGGAAUAAUACAGAGAAGAUUAUGAAAGAAGGACCCUGUACAACAAUCUCUCUGUGUGACUCUCCCUCUGUCUGUCUCUCUCUCUCUGUCUGUCUCUCUCUGUCUGUCUGUCUGUCUGUCUCUCUCUCUCUCUGUGUCUCUCUCCAAAAUACAUGUUUCCCCGGAGCAUCCUAUAGUCUGAUGAGAGUUAGUGGAGUAUACGUCAGAUUCGGUGAGAGCAGAGCUCAGAGGAGACGAUGAUAAACUUCAUCCUGAGAGAAUCUGCAAGGCGGGCGGUGGGAGGAGAAAAGAGGUCUGCACAAGAGACACACAGAUCAGGAUGUUCCUGCCUGAGGAGGUGAAACCCGGAAUUCAACGGUCUAGCCCACCAGCGUAUCAUUUCUCAUGGAAGUCCAGAAUGGGGCCGGGAAGGGAACUCAUUGACUGAAGGCCUUUGCUGGAAAGCCUGACAACCAGAGUUCCACCCCAAAGACUCCUAUGAGAACCAGCUUCUGUGGCUUGCCCUCUGACCUCCACACACAUGCCAUGCACAGCAUGCAUGCGCUACCCACCCACAUAUAGAAUAAAUCAACACUUUUAAGUCCAUAAGUGGGAUUUAAUUAGUGGGCCAAGAGCACAGGAAACCACUUCCUUCUCCUCUGUAUCCUUAGCACCUUGGACCUCAGGCUGGUUCCCAUCUCUGUCCUAAGAUUCCCCUGCAUUUCCAAGCUACGUCAGGAGCAUCUGUGCCCAGCGGGACAAGAAGGUAUCUCUUCCAUUGGAAGAAACCCCAAUGGAAUUACAUAUAUCAUUCCAUUUAAAAUUUUUGAGAUUUUAAAUGGGGGGAAGGGUCUCACUCUGUAGCCUGGGCUAGCCUGGAACUUAUGACAGUCCUCCUGCCUCAGCCUCCUGAAUGCUGGGACUACAAACAUUAGCUACCAUGCCGGGCUUCGUGCAUACUGCUCUUUACCGCCCAUGGGCCAGACUGCCGCCUCUCCUCUCCUGAAAUGCAGGGGGGAUUGGAAGUUUCAGACUGUUCAGAGUUUCCUUCUGACCGGAGGUGGGCCAGCCUUUCCUGAGGGGCAAAAAUUCUGAAGAAUCAUGACAAAGGUUGGGAAACUCCAUCACAUGUGACUCUUAACUGAAAAGAUGGGAAUAUUGUUGGUAGACAAGGCAUAGAUCUUCUGUAGCUCCAUGUUGUUUGAGUCCUGUAGCCAUCAUAACUGUGAGGCAAAUAAAUCUCUUACUUCAUAACAUA